AUGUGGCGGCAUUUCGUACCGGUGUCGAGGUCUGCAUUGGUGCUGCCGCGCCAUAUUCAAGCACACGGGGGUGCAGUGUGCAACCGCCAGCAGAGCACACGCCGUGCUGCGUCACCUCAGACUAUCUUUGCGUUAAAGGAGCUGCUGGGAGACCGUCUGUCGACAGCUCGUUCCGUGCUAGAGGCGAGUUUCUCCUCAGUCGCUGGCGUGCAAUGUGGUGGAGGUGAUCAAAAUUUGUGCAGCGAACCGCACGCCGAUCAUCCCGUUUGGUGCUGGUACUUCGAUCGAGGGGCAUAUCUCAGCUGUUGCUGGUGGGGUGUCAAUCGAUUUCUCGACCGGCUGAGUAUGAGCGUCAAGGUGGAAGCCGGCGUCACGCGAGAACAGCUGAACGCCGACCUGCGUGCCACAGGUCUCAUGUUUCCUGUGGAUCCUGGGGCCAAUGCCACGAUUGGAGGAAUGGCUGCAACCAACGCCUCCGGAACGACGACAGUCAAAUAUGGUAACAUGAAGACGAACGUGCUGUCUUUGACUGCAGUCAUGGCCGACGGACGCAUCAUCAAGACAGGAUCCAAAGCGCGGAAAUCUUCAGCUGGAUACGAUCUCACACGUCUUUUAAUCGGUGCUGAAGGCACAUUGGCAAUUGUAACCGAGGUGGAACUUCGACUCAGUGGUGUUCCUGAGGCUGAGAAGGCUAUGAUCUGCUCGUUUGAUACGAUGAAGGACGCAAUCGACACGUGCACUACUGUCAUGCAGGUGGGGGUCCCUGUGGCUCGCAUGGAAAUGAUGGAUGAGAAUGUCGUCGCUGCGGCGAACAAAUACUCGAACCAGAAUAAUCCGCUGCGUCCUUCGCUGAUCAUUGAGCAUCAUGGCUCAGAAAGCGAAUUAGAGCAGCAGAGUAAUGCCGUACGAGAGAUCGCGCGGAACUUUGGCGCAAUGGGUAUCGAAGUAGCCUCGACUGUAGAAGAUCGGAAACGGCUCUGGAAUGGCAGACACUCUCUAUGGCACGCUGUUUUGAGCCAAGUUCCUGGGAGCCGUGGAUUCUCUGCUGACGUGGCCGUACCACUGUCGAAGCUUGCAGAUGCUGUCGUUGAGACCCAGCACGACUUGAAGAACUCGGAACAUCUCGGUAGAAUGAAAGCGUUUUCGCAUCGCCUGGUGAAACGAGCGUUGGCUUGCGGUGGGACUUGCACUGGUGAACAUGGCAUUGGCCUCGGCAAGAUGGAUUACCUGCCGAUGGAGCAUUUGAUUUCAUGUACGCAAUCAAGAAGGCUUUGGAUCCGCUAG